AUGGCGAUUAGAGUUUGGAUCCUUGGAGCCCAUGGGAAUGCCAGUGUCUUAGACAUGAUCAAAUGCAAGGAGACUUUAUCAGUACUUUAUCAUACGAUGGGGACGAUGGUCCCAGCUGCAUUGUUAUCUGAUGGGCUUGCUGCCAGCAGCAUGAAGGCUGACAGUUACAGAGGGCACAUUAGCCCCACAGCUCCAGAGCAAGCUCCUGCCCCACCACGGCCAUACCAGGGUGUUCGAGUCAAGGAGCCAGUGAAGGAGCUACUGAGGAGAAAGCGUGGCCAUGCCAGCAGUGGGGCAGCUGCCCCACCUACUGCGGUGGUGCUGCCCCACCAGCCCCUGGCAACCUACAGCACAGUGGGUCCUUCCUGCCUUGAUAUGGAGGUUUCUGCUUCCACAGUGACAGAGGAGGGGACAUUGUGUGCUGGCUGGCUCUCCCAACCUGCCCCGGCCACCCUCCAGCCCUUGACUCCAUGGACACCCUACACGGAGUAUGUGUCCCACGAAGCUGUCAGCUGCCCUUACUCAGCUGACAUGUAUGUGCAGCCAGUUUGCCCCAGUUACACAGUGGUGGGGCCCUCCUCGGUGCUGACCUACGCUUCCCCGCCACUCAUUACUAAUGUCACGCCAAGAAGCACUGCUACACCUGCCGUGGGGCCCCAGCUGGAGGGUCCGGAGCACCAGGCACCCCUCACCUAUUUCCCGUGGCCUCAGCCCCUUUCCACGUUGCCUGCCUCCAGUCUGCAGUACCAACCUCCAGCCCCAGCCCUGCCUGGGCCCCAGUUUGUCCAGCUUCCCAUCUCUAUCUCAGAGCCAGUCCUUCAGGACAUGGAUGACCCCAGAAGGGCCAUCAGCUCCCUGACCAUUGACAAGCUGCUUCUGGAGGAAGAGCAAAGCAACACCUAUGAGCUCAACCACACCCUCUCUGUGGAGGGUUUUUAG